CAAUCUUGGCCGUUUACGCGCAAAUGAUUUUAAAAAUUUAAUUUACUUGAGAGUUUUUCCGCCAUAUUAACUACAACUGAUAUUAUGAAUUUAAUGUACUACGUGCGAGCAUUUAUCGGGCAGAAAUCAACGAAUGCAUUUGGCUAGACAUGCGUGGAGACGUCACGGUUUCUGCAAACGAGUAAAAUAAAUAGGUAAAAUAAACGGCAGAAGCCUCAGAGGUCGCCGCAUGCAAAGAUGGCCAGGCACUCUGAAAGCAGACCUUGAAAAGGUUGUGCGAAGAACGGAGCUGGAAGAGAACGGAAACAGAGAAAUAGACGAUGGAAGUACAGUUAAAGCAGAGAAGGCCAUGAAUAAAAGCUACGCUACAAUAAAAGAAGAAGAAUUCGAACCGUUGAUAUGGGCUAAUGUCAGAACCUCACCAUGAACCCACCUAAUUUCGGUUUUUUUUUUUUUUACUUUGGGGUUUAUUUCAAAAUUUCUAUGGGAGGACAAAUAUCCGUCGUAAAAAUUCUGGGCAAUAUAGAAAUCUGGCAUUACACAUGUGAAAUACCUACAAAUCUGGACAUAUAGUGGACUAAAACGUCAAGAUUUUUAUGGUCCUGCAAGGACGUCAUUCAGACAUAUAAUUUCAUAGACCGCGAAUGGAAAGAAAACUAUAUGAUGCUAUCAUCAUGAUAUGCACGAGAGAGAAAGGGUUCUUUCUCGGACCACAAGAGGUUUUUCUCGCGGAAGAGUUAGGAAAACCGUUUUGUUUUUCCAGUGAUCGGUAAAAUAAUAAUCGAUAAUAAAAAACGUUGUAAAUGAAAUCGACAUACAGACAAUCAAUUGAAUACUGUAGAAGAUAAUAUUAUGACUAUCUCCAAUAUUAUACCGUAGAACAAACGGUUUUCUCUUCUGUUUUCGUGAGAAAACCUCUUCAGAGUCUGCGUCUCUCGCACAUACGUUGACUUUUAUAUCGUUUAUACCAGCAAUUAUUACAGCGGUCAAAUUGUCGUCCAUUAAUCGCGGUAUCGACGUAAUGUCAACAAAUCGACGGUAAAUAUCGACGUUAUACAUUGGCAUUUAAUCGCUCAAUUAUUUGUUUAACAGAAUAUUUCGCGCUACAUUACAAUUCGAUAUUGAAACGUAAAAACGGGAUGAGAAACCGCGAGCGGGCUACGGGAGCUGAUCAGAGUGAAAAAUCGGCUCUACUAUCGGACCUGUAUUGAAAAACCGAAACGACGCUGUUCGCCACGGACGCUUUGACGUUUCGCGGUUCUAACCUAGUUGAACGCGCCCCGACCGCGAGGCGCCGGUUAUUUCGGGCCAACUCGUACGGACGACGGACGGGGGCGAACGGAUAGAAGAGAGUUUCGAAUCGUUACGGGGUCGGAACGCUAAUCGAGCGCUGUACUACGCGUGUUUUGUCACCGACGCGCCGAUCGCGCAAAGUU